CGAUCUUCGAUAGAUCUCGCGAUGAAGGCCGCGAGCGCGUGGUCAGGCCACGCCGGCCUUGGCGUCGUCGCCGCCCUCGCCGCCGCCACGUUCGCCAACACCCUCACCUGUGGCUUUGUCUGGGAUGACCGCGCCGCGAUCUUGACCAACCGCGACUUGCGCACGGACGAGACGUCCAUGUGGGACCUCUGGAGCCACGACUUUUGGGGCAUGGCACUCACGUCGCCGACGAGCCACAAGAGCUAUCGGCCGCUCACGGUGCUCACGUUUCGAGCCAAUUACGCCGUCGGCGGCUACAACCCGAUGGGCUACCAUCUACUAAAUGUCCUUCUGCACGUUGCAGCGUCGGUGCUGGUGGUCGCCGUCGGCCGUCGGGUGGUUGCCCCGUUCGGCGCUUCGCAUGCGCCCGUCCUCGCCGGCGCGCUCUUCGCCGUGCAUCCGAUCCACUGCGACGCAGUCGCGAGCGUUGUUGGCCGCGCCGACGUGCUCUGCACAUGUCUCUCGCUGCUGGCGUUUUGCCUCUACGACACGUCCGCGUCGGCCACUUGCACCAACUGGCCGCUUUACGUUGCGAGCCUCGUCUGCGUACUUGCAGCAACCUUGUGCAAGGAGCUCGGCGCCACAACACUCGGUAUCCUCGUGACGCUCGAGCUCCUACGCGCCGCGCCGCCAGCAACCAAGUCCAAGCGACCAUGUCUAUCGGCUGGCGUGGUCCGCACAGCGCUGCUUUUCGGUCUUGGCAGCGCCGGGAUUACCUCCCGCAUCGCGCUCAACGGCAACCAGACGCUCUAUGCAUGGUCGAUCUUUGAGAACGACGUGUCGCUCCUGCCUUGGGGCCUUCCGCGUCUCCUUACCACGCUGCACACGCACGGCUGGUACCUCUACAAGCUCUUCUGGCCGCAGCAUCUCUGCUACGACUAUGGCUUUCGAACGAUCCCGAUCAUCGCGUCACUCUUUCAAAUCGAAAAUGUCGGAACGCUGCUCGCCUAUGCAUCUCUCUUGGUGCUGGUCCGCGUCGCGUUCAAGCGCCGGCAGACGUCGCCGCUGCUUUUGCUCAUGUCGUUUGGCCUCUUUCCAUUUGUACCGGCCGCCAACCUCUUGUUUCCGGUUGGCACCAUCGUCGCCGAGCGACUCAUGUACUUUCCCAGCGUCGGCUUUUGCCUCGUCCUGGGGUACGCACUCGAGCAGGCGCUGCGCGUCGCAACGAGAUGGCGGUCGUUGCUGCUCGGUUUCUUGUUUCUCUUGCUGCUCAUCGUCGGUGCCGCCCGGUCCAUCGCCCGCAACGCCGAGUGGUCGUCCGAGACGGAGCUCUUUGAAGCCUCGGUGCUCACGGCACCAUGGAGCGUUAAAGUCCUCAGCAACUUGUCCAAAGUACUGCUUGGACCCGAUCCGCCGCGGGCCGCCGCGUACCUCGAACGGGCGCUCUCGGUCGCGCCACGCUACGCCGUCGGGCAGUUGAACCUCGGGCUGGCCUACAUUGGCAUGGGCAAGCCACUGCAUGCGAUGCAGAACCUCCUCGACUCGAUUGACGUCGAUCCAAGCCUUGCGGCCUAUGCGUACCUGGGCCGGUAUGCAUCGAGCUUUUACCUCACGUCGCAGCACGAGCAGUUUCCGCGGAGCAACACGACGCAUGCGUGCAAGCUCGCGCACCAGCUGCUCGACUACGCGAUCGCCCAAGGCGCGAGCAUGCCGGGUCUCUUCUUCAUGCGCGGUCUCCUUGCCUACUACACGAGCGACUUUGGAACCGCCGUCACGAACUUUCGCGCAACCGUGCACGCCAACGACGCCGUGCGCCAUCGAGGCUACGACUUGGAAGAGCUCGUGACGCCGUGCGCCGCGCGCAACAUGCUCGCCUUGUCGCUGGACGAAAACGGCGACGAGGAUGGCGCCUUGGACGUGUACAUGGAGUACAUUGACGCGCAGCCCCCGUGCCUCGAGAUCUACAACAACGCAGCGAUACGCCUGCGCAAUCGCGGUCGGCUCGACGAAGCGGCGCAGCUUCUCACGUCGGGCUUGCAGCACUAUCCUAACGCGGUGAUUCUGUUGCUGAAUGCGGCGCAGGUCGCCGAAGACCGUGGCAACGACGUCGAAGCGUACUCGCUCUACCUCAAGGGCCUGGCCAUCGACCCGACCAACGAAUCGCUGCUGGCCAAGUACGCCAACCUUGCGCCAAAGCUCGCCAAGCCGCUGCAGUCGAUCACCGUGGCACCGCAGCCCAUGGCUGCCUAGUAGAGCGCGUCGAGCACAGAGAGGCUAGUAAUAACCGCACGUAGUAGUACAUCUGCACACACCCAUG